AUGAGCUUGAAGAGGACCAUAGACCUAACAUUCACAUUCUUAGGCACUGGAAGUAAUUUAGGAAAUGAUCAAACAUUUACUCCAGUUUCUACAAAGCAAGCUCAUACAGAAGAAGUUCCCAAAAGGUUCACAAAGGUAGAGAAGAGAAGGAAGAAGAGAGAACUGUCACUUGACAGGAUCAAUAAUGCAUUUUCUAUGAAUAAAGAAAAAGAAAGAUACUCACGGUGCUACAAACUUCAGCCAGUGCCUGCAGUUGAUUAG